UGCCUUCCUCCCCGCGCUCUGACUUCUGGGAUGGGAUUGGCAAGCUUCCUUAAACUUGCGGGAGGCCCGAACCCUCCAGGACCCACACCUUCGACACCACAAGACCCCCCGACAGAACGCAAGAUGUGGUUCGUGGCUGGGGUGGAUGUUCGAGCCUCCGUCUGAACUGCUAGCACCUCCUAUGGCCGUGAAGCGAUCUGCCCGCAUGAGCUGCUGGCGGACGGAACGGCUGGCUGGCUUAAAUCACGACUGCUGCUGCUUAUGCCCUGCUGGCUGCGGGCGUGGAGGGGCUUCGGGCGUAUACAAGCCAGGCGCAACCGCCGAGCAACUCGACAUCUUUGCGUCCGCUUCUGGCACCUGCUGCGCCUCUCAAGAACGCUGCUUCGGAUCGGGCCCGCCGUCUCUCUCUCUCUCUCUCUUGGAGUCGGCGGCCUCUUGCUGGACUGGAUAAUGUGUCCACCAAAACAUCUGAACUGCGGCGGGCUUCCCUCGGAUUUGCUCUGCAAUCACAUCCAAAGCCUCGACCCUUUGGGCCAGGUCGGGAGGAACGGCGGCCCGCCCAGCAGAUUCGUCAGGUAGCUCGUCGGCCUUCGCAGUGGCAAGGACCGCCCAAACUGAAUACUUCGCCCGCUCCGCGGGCGUGGACAGGUGGGUCUUGACAUAAACAUCGGAGAUUUGGCCUGUCCGAGCGCCUAGGACUGACCAAUACUACUGCCAAAACCGUCGGUUGGAAGGAGCAACUUCCAACGGCCUUGAACGCCUUCGCGAGGUGCUGGUGUCCGUCGCGAUAGAGCCGUUCGAUCUGCCAUCUGGAACUGCGGAUGUCGACUCCUGCCUGGCACCCGCCUGAAUUGUGCCCCGUCUGGGCCGCACUCCAAACCUGCAACUCGUCUGGGCACCGUUUCUGCAUGGUCUGGUGGGGUAACGAGAAGCGUCUAGAAGUUAUAUUGUGCCAUUUGUCCAAAAAGAAACUGGAAGUCACGAGCGCCUCUGCGCAACGCGCCUGGACAUAUGCCAGACCGCGCUUGUACUUGCACCAGUCCGCACCCUCCGGUAAGCAAAGCUCUGAAACUGAUAGCCGAUAAUGUCACAGCGCCAAUGGUUUAGCGAAAAUAGUGCCAUUCCGCUGGAGACGGGGAGGCACGUCCGUGGCCCUUGCCACAGAAACCCAUACCACAUGGCAGCCCCAAAAGUGGUAUAAGCGCAAAGAAAAACUGCCUUCUCGGAGGUGGCAGACGCCCAGUGGCUGUACCUCUGCCGACUGUCCAAUCUCAUCUUGCAGUCAUCGGCGUCCGACACGUCGGACACGCAGCACUUCGCAGCAACCAUGAAUCGGCGCAUCUCUGAUGAAAGAAAUGGGUGCAUGGGAAGCGCCGGACACGGUCCCGAAGACGAAAACUCUCCAAGCAGAUGCUGCAAUCAUCGUUGCCCUCGUCAGGUUCGCCAUGAAGCAUUGCCCUUGUAACUUUCUGCCUGGGGAGGGCAUCGAUAGCGGCUUGAGAGAGUCCUGCCACGGCAGCCUGGACUUCAUUCUCGCUCUCCUCCUCCUCCUCAUCCUCUGCGUCAUCCUCGCUGUCCUCGGCCUGUUCUUCGCCACGAUCCCAGACGCGGCCAGCUUGGUCCCUCCAGAGCAUGAAGCUGCAGCUGCUGUGGCCACCAGGGCGCCAGUUCGGGCAGCCAUAGAACCUCCUUCCUGGGUUCCUGGCCGUCCCGCUCGUCCGCAGGACUGACGCGGGACCGCCCGCGCACCAGCACGCAGGGCCCAUCUCAUCGACCCAGGCGAAGUAGUCGCAGUCGCUGCACGUGAAGAAGUCCCUGUCGGGGUUCCUGGCCGUUCGGCUCGUCUUUCGGCUCGGCCCGUCCGGCUCGCCCUCGAGGCCGCAGCGGCAGCGGGCGAUCCCCCGCAGAGGCAUUGCCGAGAGACCGAGGUCACACCCACCAGAUCCGAACCCCGCGACGAGGAGGAGGAGAGCGUGGGACAAGGCGGGGGAGAAUGCCCAGAUGUGGCUUCCGCGGAAGGGGGGAGGGCAGGGCCCGGUGGCCGCAACGUGCGUAGAGGCCUCUGGAUGGCCCCGGUGGGCCCGGCGAACCGACGCCUCGAGCCAGAGUGGCAGCGGAAACUGCCCCGCCCGUCCGCCGUUGGGCGGCACACGGCGUGCGGAGAGGCC